AUGUCAAUCUUUCAGCAUUGCCGGCAAACGGCAGGGCUUGCGCGACAAGCGGGCUUGCGCGACAAGCGGGGCGCCUUGUUGCUGCAGUGCACCAAGUACGUGGCCUCCAUUGAAUGCAUCGGGGAAGCCAUCGAGGAUGAGCAUCGAGCUGUUGACUGGCUGCAAGACUUCUGGAGCACCAUUCUCCUGGGCACCCCCACGGCUGUGUGCAAGACCUUGGCACUCAGGUCUCUUGGAAACUGGGUGACCGUGUUCAACCGCUGGCAAGAAAUCGGCAAGUGGGUUCCGGGUCAGGCUCCGAACUGCCUCAACGCGUUCGAGAUGCAGGAGCUGCUCGCAAUCCCGAUGGCGAAGGUGCUGGAGUUCGUGAAGUUAUUCGACCCCAGCUCCUACGCGAGGUUGCAGAUGAUGAAGGCCACGCAGGACUACAACAAGGUGCGGCUCAACAUGCCUGCCUUCCUGACAGCCUGCAUUUGGAUGUCCACCAGUAUCUCCAAGAAGCAGAAGAUACGAUUCCUCUUAGGUGUUUUUGAUGAGAAUGACAGCUACACCUUUGAGGAGGUAGAGUUCGUGGCCAUGCUCGUCGCGCUUUUCCGCGGAGUUGGGGCAAUUUUCGGGCUUACAUCACGUGAUGCCAUGCCUUCACACGCGCGAAUGCAGACAUUGGCCAGGAGGCUUUUCGCGAGGGUGCUUGAACUGGGUGAGCUUCGCCUGGAGGGACCCAGCAAAGUGCUCUUGCAAAACGGAUCUGUGCCAUUUCACAUCGUCGAGGAGUGGCUGCUUGGGGAGACCUACGAUCCGUUGAAUGUGCCCAUUGCUCUUUUUAUGGAGCGUUUUUCGGUUCCUGGUGAAGAAGAAGACCCGGAGCAGUUCGAAGAUGAAGAGAGGAAGUUCCGGGUUUCUCAUACUCAUCCAGUCGAACCUCCCAUGGAAACUGCUGCAUCGUUGGAUGGCAGCUUUUUAUGUCGUGACGAGGUGGUACAAGUGAAUGUGAUUUUUCAACAUUGCGCUUCCAAAGGAACCUUCGACAUCUCCCACGCAGAUGCGGAGCGAAUCGCUGGUGUCGCCAUCGAUCCGAAGUUCUGGAUAGGCAAACUCCACCGAGCCCUCGAUGAAAUGGAUGCUGCGCGCCACAACGGAGUGAAGAUUUCCUUUACUGCCUUCCUCAAGAAGCUCUGCCCCAAGGCGGCUAACCGACACUUGCGGAUGUUCCACAGCUGGCUGAAGGAGUACGAGCACAUGGGCGAGUUGAGAGCUGCAGUGGUGAGGCAGCACUGCGUGAUGUUAUAG